UCCGUACUGGCGCUGCGGGGAGCGAGUGUGUAUGUGACUGAAGUUUGCUCCCUGCACACAACAAAAGGCGCCGGCUCGGCAUUUCCACCAUCAUGAGCAGAAGCUACAAUGAUGAGCUCCAGUACCUGGAUAAACUGGACAAGAACUGCUGGCGCAUCAAGAAGGGCUUCGUGCCCAACAUGAACGUGGAGGGUGUUUUCUAUGUGAAUGAUCCUUUAGAGAAAUUAAUGUUUGAAGAAUUAAGGAAUGCAUGUCGAGGUGGAGGUGCUGGUGGUUUCCUGCCUGCCAUGAAGCAAAUCGGAAAUGUUGCUGCACUUCCUGGCAUAGUGCACAGAUCAAUAGGACUUCCUGAUGUCCAUUCUGGCUAUGGGUUUGCCAUUGGUAACAUGGCUGCGUUUGACAUGAAUGACCCGCAGGCUGUGGUAUCCCCAGGUGGUGUAGGGUUUGAUAUCAACUGUGGGGUAAGACUGCUGCGCACCAACCUUGAUGAGUGUGAUGUCCAGCCGGUGAAAGAACAGCUUGCACAGUCCAUGUUUGACCACAUUCCUGUUGGUGUGGGAUCCAAGGGUGUCAUCCCCAUGAAUGCCAAGGAUUUGGAGGAAGCUCUGGAGAUGGGGGUAGACUGGUCCCUACGAGAAGGCUAUGCCUGGGCUGAGGAUAAAGAACACUGUGAAGAAUAUGGGAGGAUGCUGCAAGCUGAUCCAAAUAAAGUCUCAGCAAGAGCUAAGAAGCGGGGGCUGCCUCAGCUGGGGACUUUGGGAGCAGGAAACCAUUAUGCUGAGAUCCAGGUUGUAGAUGACAUUUAUAACGAGUAUGCUGCCAAGAAGAUGGGCAUAGAUCACAAGGGCCAAGUGUGUGUGAUGAUCCACAGCGGCAGCAGAGGCCUUGGCCACCAAGUAGCUACAGAUGCCCUGGUAGCUAUGGAGAAGGCUAUGAAACGGGACAAGAUCAUCGUGAAUGACCGCCAGCUGGCAUGUGCCAGGAUUGCUUCCCAGGAAGGGCAGGAUUACUUGAAAGGAAUGGCAGCAGCUGGAAACUACGCAUGGGUCAAUCGUUCUUCCAUGACUUUCCUCACUAGACAGGCAUUUGCCAAAGUCUUCAAUACCACCCCUGACGAUCUGGAUAUGCACGUGAUCUACGAUGUAUCUCACAACAUUGCCAAAGUAGAGCAGCAUGUGGUGGAUGGAAAGGAGCGGACCCUGUUGGUGCACAGGAAAGGAUCGACCAGAGCUUUCCCACCUCACCACCCCCUCAUAGCUGUGGAUUAUCAACUGACUGGCCAGCCAGUGUUGAUUGGUGGAACAAUGGGAACUUGCAGCUAUGUCCUUACAGGCACAGAGCAAGGCAUGACAGAAACCUUUGGAACCACCUGCCAUGGAGCUGGCCGUGCAUUGUCCCGGGCAAAAUCUCGGCGCAACUUGGACUUCCAGGAUGUAUUAGACAAGUUGGCAGACAUGGGAAUUGCAAUACGUGUUGCUUCCCCUAAACUGGUCAUGGAAGAAGCACCAGAAUCUUAUAAGAAUGUGACUGAUGUGGUGAAUACCUGCCAUGCUGCUGGCAUCAGUAAGAAAGCCAUCAAAUUGAGACCCAUUGCAGUCAUCAAAGGCUAGGGAAGCCUUUCACAGAAACUGACCAGCAUUGUCUUUGCCCAAGACCUCUUUCCACCCAGAGAACUUGGUGGUUAUGUUUCCUUCUAGCUGGAAUAUUCAAACUGACAGACUCUUUGUUUAGAAAACUUGGAAGUAAGGUGUACCUAGAAAAUUCUUUAUUAGUUUUGGGAAAGGGAUAAUCAGAGAAAGGCUACUCUUUUGAUUUUACAAAGUGAUGUCUGAAAGUGCUUGAAUUUAGCAGAACCCUAAAACACCUUUGCAGAAUGUUAUUUGCUCUGAUGAACGAACUGUUGUUGUCCCUCCUGGGUUUCUAACUAUUGCUAAUUUGCAAACUGCAAGAAGACUUAGCAAGGUGGUUGUUUUUGUCCCAGCUUGACCUGUUUCUCUCCUCCUUUGUAAUAUACCAUGUACUGAAUUCAGCAGUUGGCAACUUCUAAGCUUGACUGUGGAAAGAUGCUCUGCACCAUCUAAAGACAAUAUUCUUACACUGUGAGUUGUAGGAAUGUCUAAUAAUGCUUCUUAUCAAUGUGACUUGGCAACAGAUACUCUGCCAUAGAAGCCCACCAUCAUAUGGUUGUUUCCCAAAACGCAUCCCUCUGUGUCAACACAGGACGCUCUUGAAUGUUUGUGGGUAAGUUUGCCUGAGCUGUCUUCUCGCUUCAUCCUAAGGAAGGUCAAAGGAGUGGCAGAGUCUGUGGGCAGCUGAUGCCGUAGCUGAUAAGUUUUUGAAGAGAAACCACCUCCUUUGAUCCACUUCGUGAUUAGGGGACCAGCUCCUAUGUUCCUUUGGUCCCCUUUGUGAUUAGGACAACCAUGCUAAGACCUGGCUACAGUACAGUACCUUUUGGUAACUGUAAUAUGUCCUAGUUAUGCAGAAGUAAGAAACAUCAUCUGAGCAAUUAUUAAAGGUACAAGCACUUUGUCUUCUAUUGGAUGUCAUCACUCACAGGGUCUGGAUGGUCAGUGUAAGUAAGCAACACUGCCUCUGAAACAGCAAAAACUUACCCACCAGGCUUGCAGUCUUCAGGCUCGUAUGUAAAUGUGUGUUAAGUAGAUGCUGUAGCUUAUGCUUUGGCACAGCAAACUGUAUUGCCAGUAUUGGAGGAGCUCUCUGAGCUUCCUAGUUGUACAGUGGUUGUUCUUUGCACAUAUGUACUUUAACUAAGGAGCAGAAACAGGGCAAAGGGAUUUGAUGGUACACACACAUGGGGGUCAGGAGCCAGGUCCAUCUACAGUUCACCUCUGUUGGAGGACAGGUUAAGUUGACUUCAGCAGGACCAGUGUAAAUCUUGCUCUGGUGCUGCUGCUCUCUGUUUAUAUUUAAUGUACACUAUUUACACUGAUUUGAAUCUUGAAAAGAUGAUGCCAUGCGCUCAAGAUGGUCAUUUGAACAGCAAGCAUGAUACGACAUGGGCAAAGUCAUGUAAUUUUGUUUUGCUGAAACUCUGGAAGUGGAUUUCUGGAGCAGAGGUCUUGGAACUUCUAAAUAAAAUAGAGAAUGCCAGAAAGUC